AUGUCUUGCCGCGUGCACGAAAGUCAAUUCCACAGUGCAAAUUUUUAUGAAUUCGUUUCCACUAUGCAUCUCACAAUUAACAGCGCACCGACGCUUAGUAAUGGAAGCGGUGGCGGUGGAAGCGGAGGAGCUGUAGGUGGAGGAAACAAUGGACCGACAAAUGGAGGUGGUGGUGGUACCGGUGGUGGUGGAGGAGGCUUGGGUGGUUGUGCUCCCAAUGGCCACAGUGGACACCACGGUGGCACUGGUAGCGGUGGUAGUGGCGGUGGAGGAGGUGGAGGAGGAGGAGGUGGCGAUGGCACAGGAGGUUCUGGCAGUAACGGCACCGGCACCAGCGGUGGUGGCGGCGGCGGAACCGGAAACGCUGGCGGUACCGCGACCAAUGGCAACGGAUCGAGCACGGGUGCCGGCGGCGAAAGUGGCCCACCGUCGGCGGCCAGUAUCCUGAACGACACCUACACCAAAAUGACGUCGGACAUUCUGGCGGAACGGACGCUGGGCGAUUUUCUGUCCGAGCACCCGGGCGAGCUGAUCCGAACCGGGAGUCCUCUGUUUGUGUGCACAGUGCUGCCCCCGCACUGGCGCUCGAAUAAAACACUUCCGGUUGCGUUCAAGGUCGUCGCGCUCGGUGACGUCGGUGACGGCACGAUGGUGACGGUGCGGGCCGGCAACGAUGAAAACUAUUGCGCCGAGCUGCGGAACUGCACCGCGGUCAUGAAGAACCAGGUUGCCAAGUUUAAUGAUCUUCGUUUCGUAGGCCGCAGCGGCCGUGGCAAAAGCUUCACGCUUACUAUCACUAUAUCAACAAGUCCACCGCAGGUGGCCACCUACAACAAGGCAAUCAAGGUGACGGUGGACGGACCACGGGAACCAAGAUCGAAAACAACAUCUUUCGUAGGACAACAGCAGCAGUUCCAUUUCGCGUUCGGACAACGGCCAUUCCACUUCCCGACCGACCCCUUGUCUAGCUUCAGGAUGCCGCCACUAGGUAAUUGUCAGAACAUGACCCAGUUCGGACUCAGUUCCACUAACUCACACUGGAGUUACAGUUCAACGGGCCCGUACUCGCCGUAUCUAACCUCCUGCACGACACCAACCGCAUCUCAGUUUAACAAUCCGGCACUAGGUUUUACUUGCAGCUCGGGUGAACAGAACGGUGGACAGGAGUUCUCUGCUGCGGCGCGUGACUGCGUUACAAUGCUUCCGGACUCAACGGCGGCCGACCUGGACCAGCACCUGAGCAGCCUGGUAGGAGCGACACAACAAGCCACGAGUCACAUGGUGCAAACUAACAUAAUAUCGGGCGGAGGCGUUACUAGUAAUUCGGGUAAUGGUGGUGGAAAUGGCACUGGCAGUAACGGCAAUGGCUUAACCCCACAAAUCCCUACCCACAUUUCUAACGGGCUAAUUGUGCCACGGUAUGCACAGACUGCCGGUGCCAACAAUCACGCUGAUGCGUACGGACUUACCAGUAGUCAAAGUGAACCGCGCAGCCUAAGCGACUCCUCUCAGGCCGAGUCACCGGUGCAGGACGAUCUGCUCUCCUCCAAUACGCCCAACCUUGGUAGCAGCGGUCCCAGCUCUACAACGGGUGGUGGAAGCGGUGGCGUGGGCGGCGGAGGUGGUGGAGGAAGUGGUGGAGGCGGUGGUGGUACUGGUGGAAACGGUCAUCAUCAGAACUUUUCCAGCAUCGUAAUGAACCAAAGUAAUGGCGGCUCUAAUGCGUCUACGACAUCAAACUAUGUCGGCUCGAACGGCUCAGGCAGUUGCAACGGCUCGCCGCUUUACCCCGUCCUUCCCGCCAGCCUGCUCUACUCGCAACUGUACACGGCAGCAAAUCAGUCCGUGGGAGGAUUUAGUCAUUCGGUAAACCAUCAUCACCACCACAUCCAGUCUCCACACGGAGCGGUAGCGGCAGCAGCGGCAGUCGCGGUCGCAACAGGCGGCAGUCCGGGGCAGAACAGUGCUUCGGCGGCUGCUGCGACGGCUGCUGCAGCAGCAAUGCACGCCGGUGAACUUCAGAGCGUGAUGGAUCAUCUAACAUCCGGUACGAACCAGGCGGCUGCAGUGGCAGCGGCAGCUGUCUCUCACCGGCAUCACCACCAUCACCAUCAUCACCAUCAGACGGGAGCAAACUUAAUUGGCGGUCACGGCCAUGGCAGUCAGGGAGGAGGAGGAGGCGGAAACGCCCAUCCCGAUCUUUCACUCAUUGGCAAUUGCGGAGCAAUGGCGCGCGGAGCAUUGGACGAGACGGGCCAUCGUGUAUUGGGUGGAGGUGGUGUAGGCAGUGGUCGACUUGGUGGUCCACCGGGCGGUUCCGGACAAGUGGGGCAAGCGGCCGACAAUGGCAAUUCCGUUUGGCGACCGUACUGA